UCGACUUUUCUGCGGAUAAGAACGCCUCUUAGUUCUUGUUUCUACACGCGCUUCUCUCUCUCUCCUCUGCUCUGUUUCCUCAACUCUCUCUCCUUCUGUUUCUCUCACUAAAAACUGGCGAUCGAAGAGAAUCAACAAGCUAUUGUCAGAGAAAUCAUGGGAGCUGAAGAAGAAACCAACAAGAGUUGGCCUCCAUGGCUUAAACCUCUGCUUCAAGAGAAGUUCUUUGUACAAUGCAAAUUACACGCAGAUUCACACAAGAGUGAGUGUAAUAUGUACUGUUUAGACUGUACCAAUGGUCCUCUUUGUUCUCUCUGCCUCUCUUUCCACAAGGAUCAUCAAGCCAUUCAGAUAAGGAGAUCAUCAUAUCACGAUGUGAUAAGAGUCUCGGAAAUUCAGAAAUUUCUGGACAUAACAGGAGUUCAGACAUAUGUGAUUAACAGUGCUAAGGUUGUCUUCUUGAACGAGAGACCUCAGCCUCGACCAGGUAAAGGCGUUGUCAACACCUGCCAAGUCUGUUAUCGCAGCCUCGUUGAUUCCUUCAGAUUCUGUUCUCUUGGUUGCAAGAUCUCUGGAACGUCGAAGAAUUUCGAGAAAAAAAGAAAGGAUUGGACAAACAAUAUUUCAGAUUCUGAUGAUUCGUAUAGCAGUACUACUACUAGUAUCGAGAGACUCAAGAAGAACAAUGACGUUCUUAAUAACAAUAGUUUCACGCCAUCAACACCACCACUAUCGGCCGUAAAUGGCCGAAUAGUGAAACGAAGGAAAGGAAUUCCGCAUCGUGCUAAGGACUUCCGAUGGUAAUGUAGAAUUAAUGCUAGUAACACUCACCAGUAGUGGGGGGGGGGUAUGGGUUUGUAUAUAUAUACCUGUAGUGGUCUAAAGCGAUGUAUAAAGAGAAGCUUAAAGUUGCCAAAAAAAAGAGAAGCUUAACAUGAUAGUGUGAAAUAGUAGAUACUAAAGGUUAAAAGUGGGGAAGAAGUGGGGAAGAUUAUAGAAUGAAGAAUGAAAGAAAUGCUUUUGCCUGUAUAUUUUAGGCUCAAAGGGUAAUAUGUAAAUACAGAAUACUGUUUGUGGAUCAAAUAAUAGUAAUAAAAGUAUGUGAUACAAUGCAAAUGUUAAUGAAAUAAAGGCAUUUUUAACAUUCGA